GGCUCGUUGACAGCAGUUCUGCUUCUGCCUUCCCCACCUCGUAGUCUCCGCCGACCGGGACCGCGCGCGCGCCGACCCCCGGUCCGAUCUCAUCUCCGGCGAGCCGCAAGAAGGGCGCGCGCGAGGCGAGGGAUCCAAUGGCGGCGCCGGAGGGGCAGUGGGUGCUCAUGGCGACGGGGCGGUCCCCGACCAACAUCGCGGUGAUCAAAUACUGGGGGAAGCGCGACGAGGCGCUCAUCCUCCCCGUCAACGACAGCAUCAGCGUCACACUCGACCCCGACCACCUCUCCGCCACCACCACCGUCGCCGUCAGCCCCUCAUUCCCCUCCGACCGCAUGUGGCUCAACGGCAAGGAGAUCUCGCUGUCAGGAGGAAGGUUUCAGAGCUGCCUGAGAGAGAUCAGAAAGCGUGCUUGUGAGUUCGAGGAUGAGAAGAAGGGGAUCAAGAUCAAGAAAGAGGACUGGGAGAAGUUGCACGUCCACAUAGCUUCCUACAAUAACUUCCCCACUGCUGCUGGUUUGGCCUCUUCGGCUGCUGGCUUUGCUUGUCUCGUUUUCACCCUUGGAAAGCUAAUGAAUGUGAAAGAAGAUUAUGGAGAACUUUCUUCAAUAGCAAGGCAGGGAUCUGGGAGUGCAUGCCGUAGUUUAUAUGGUGGAUUUGUGAAAUGGUGUAUGGGAAAGAAAGAUGAUGGAAGUGACAGUUUUGCCGUGCAGCUUGCUGAUGAAACACAUUGGAACGAUCUUGUAAUUAUUAUUGCAGUGGUCAGUUCAAAGCAAAAGGAAACCAGUAGCACCAGUGGGAUGCGAGAUACUGUUGAAACAAGUCCCCUCUUGCAGUACAGGGCACAGACUGUAGUGCCAAGUCGGGUGUUGAAAAUGGAAGAGGCUAUUAAGAAUCAAGACUUUGAAUCGUUUGCCAAAGUAACUUGUGCAGAUAGCAACCAGUUUCAUGCCGUAUGCUUAGACACGAGUCCUCCCAUCUUCUAUAUGAAUGAUACGUCUCACCGGAUAAUUAGCCUUGUGGAGAAGUGGAACCAUUCAGAAGGAACCCCACAGGUUGCCUACACCUUCGAUGCUGGUCCUAACGCUGUCCUAAUUGCACGGAACCGUAAAACUGCAGCACUUCUCCUUCAGAAGCUCAUGUACUAUUUCCCUCCGCAAGAUAAGGAUUUGAGCAGCUAUUUGGUUGGUGAUAAAUCAAUUCUAGGCGACGCUGGAUUGCACUCCAUCGAAGAUGUCGACGCUCUUCCUGCACCUCCAGAGAUGAAGGUACCAGAUCAGAAAUUCAAGGGCGACGUUAGCUACUUCAUCUGCAGCAGGCUUGGAGCUGGCCCAAAGGUUGUUGCCGACGAAAACCAAGCACUGAUCGAUUCAGUCACCGGACUUCCGAAAGGGGUGUAAUUAGAUUUGUCGUUUGAUACAUUAGGUUUGUGUGUAUCUGUUGGCUUCCGUGCUGACAAUUAGACAUAGCCUACUUGUAAGACUGUAUAUUUCAUCAUGUACUAUCCACUUGGCCCAGGUGUUUGCUGCUGCUACACGAAGGGCAUAACUAGCUGUUUUUAAUAAGUUUCAGGAACAAGCGGAAUAAUAAAUUCUCUCUCUUUUUUUUUUCC